AUGUAUAAACAUCUAGAUAUGAUGAUUCAGUCAAAUUCAACAUUAUGUUUAAAAAAUUUCUACGGAGUAUUUAAUUCUUUAUUACGACAUGUUUCUACAACAGGAUCUGUUAGUAACGUCAACAAUCUUUUCAAUUUCAAUCAGUGGCGUAUUUUGCAGAUACCAUCUCGAAAUCGCAGAAGUGAAGAGGUGAAGAAAUUUUAUUCAGAAACCGGUGACUAUAACCCUCCAAAUCAAGAUGCUAUUGAUAGAUUUAAACGUCUUCGUUGGGGUGCAUAUAUUCAUGCACGAACUGGUCGAGCUAAACAUUUAUAUAGACGAAGUGAAUCUGAAUUAGAUCGACGUUCCGAGCACAUUUUGACCAAUCGUGCAACAACUUUUUUAAUAAAUAAUUUGCUAAAUAGACAAUGGCGAACACCAAAAUAUUAUCCAAAUGAUAUUUAUGAACCAUAUCAUCAAAGAACCGGGGUCCCUUGGGAUUAUAGAUUACGGAAACCCAAAUUCUUCCCUUGAAUGUUAUAAUGCUAUUUAGUUAAGUUUACACAUAAACUCUUUUUAAUGAUAAUACCUUUUAUAAUUAAUCACAUUCGGACUACAGGUAACGAUAGACAUUUAAAUCUGUUUUCUUAUACUCUUUCUCCAUGGCUUUAAGGAAGAAUAAAUUGAGAAAAGCGGACAAGAUACCAGGUGAAAUGCAGCGAAUAGUGCUUUUGGCAUUUUUGUGGUUGUUACAGUUAUUUAGUGACCUUUUGAUUUAAGGUGAACACGAACAGCUAUUAUUACUCCAUGUUAAGUGAUGAUAUGUCAUUAAUGUGAUAAUGAGAAUAUGAUAAUAAUUAUAAUCCCAGUCGAACAAUCCGUCAAAUAGAUCAGUGAGCAGAGUUGACACAGGAACAAAGUAUUGAUAAGAUAAUACGAUUUGAGCAUAUCCAUUUCGCUUCUGUACCGACUUCGCUGAAUGCGUCGGGUUAGAGAUUGAGUCGCUUGAGUUGCUCUUCGAUUAAGUCAAGCACUUGGUUCAUUUAUCGGAUGUGUAGAGUUCGAAAUCUUCAUCAUCUACGAAGUCUUGGAGGUUGCGUUAGGUUCGUAGUAAGGCUCAGUACUUUAAUGUGGCCAAUUAAGUCGGGCGAUGAAGUUAUCGACGGGCUAACCACUUUAGUGACCCUGUAUCUGACUCUGAUUAAAUCUUUUCUGAUUGUGAUCGAAAUAUACAUCCCGGCUACCUCCGUAUAUAAUCAUCGACAUAAAUCGUGUUGGCGAAUUACGGAAUUAAAGUCAAAUACGAGAAUGAAGCUUGAGUGCGCAUAUUUCAUACAAUCGGCGAUCUGAACAGACAACCAGAGAGGGGAAGCGAAACUAAACGAUAUGCAUUGAAGAAGGCGAGUGAACCGAUUCCAUUUGAUAACGCGUGACUCAAUAUUUAUAUUCAGACAAAAAUAAAUUAGACACGUAAUGAAUAGAGCAAGCAAUUAACACACAUUCGACCACAUAAAAACAGUCUGAAUUAAUCAGCGAAUAGUUGACAAGGUCGUAAUAUGGCUUGAGAAGAAUAAAUAAAUUGGUCUUUCCAGAAGCUAGAAAAACCUAUGUGGGCUUGACAUAGGGUCGGUCACUACAAGUUUUCCAACAAAUAGCCUUAAUUAGGUUAUUUAUUAUCUAUGGGAAAUGAUGCAUAUUUUAUGCAUUUCAGUAAUUUUUUAAAAAUUUUAUAGACUUUCUUUGACGAUGGCAGAAAUCGAUUAUCAGACACAUCGAUUGGGAACGAAGAUUUCACAUUUGACUAACAAACGCUUCUUUAAAAUAACCGUGAAAGUACAAAACAAUCAACUUUUAUUCGAUAAAUAAGUCUGGGAAGUAUUUUUUUAAAUAAGAGAAUUAUUAACCAUAUUAGGAAUCCAACUUUUUGUUAAAUAAUCUACUAUUUACAAUUAUCAAAACAAACUUUACAAAGAUAACUAUUUUUUCAUCACAGUAAGUAAAUGUCAAAAGCUUGAUGUAAAAAUAUACUUAUAGAGUUUAUUACUUGUAUCAGUUAUUAAUAGAAUCCGGGAUAAGACCAUAUUUCUCAUUCUGUUGAGCUUCUGUGUAGAGGUACUCAUGUCUCUGCAAGUACUGUAGCAAACGAGAGCAAUGGGGGACAAUCAAAUGUGUUUGGGUAAAACAUCACAGAAUCGGUUGUGAAACCAUACAAUAAAUUGUCAAUCAAUUGUCUCAAACUUGAUCGUUCAUUCGUAUCCACACCAAUCACUCUAUGUUCUCGUUCUAUUCUUUUCGAUCUUAACCUUCUGCCACUAGGGAUUUCAUAUACACAUGCUACUUAUAUGUGUUGACAUCAGUAGCAUACACCACAGUACCUAUGCCCCUUUCGAUACAACACAAGACAUCUGUUAAGGCAUCACAGAUGAACUGUCAGUUUACUUUUCAUAAGCGUACGAUAUCACAACCCACUAACUUCGUGUUGCUUCAAAGUUGGAAUGGAUUACACUGGUGUUUGGACUGUAGUGAGAUUUACUUGCAUAAGAUUGGCUGUCUUUAAAUAUGAUAAAAUCAACUUAAUUGUUUUAACUGCUGAUGUAUCACAUGGAAAUAAAACGAUAUAAUUCUGUACGAGAAUUCACUGAUUAGAUCCGUGAUGCAUUCCAAUGUAUCAGAGCGUGAAAAACACUGAAAUAAACACUUGAACACUGAGAAAAAUUAUUUGAUGUUUCAAGAAAUAUCACCCUAAAUCUCCAGUCACUGUAAGCAUACUGAGGACAUUACUCGGGAAGCUGCAUGUUUUCAAAAUGGUUUAGGCUAUCAGCUGGUUACGUUUACUUUAAGAAGUAAUGGAAUCUUCGAAUGUUAUAACUUCUAUAUUUAUUUAUUUUGAUAGAUUCAUAAGAUGAGGCGAGUAGGCCUAGAACAAAUUCCUUAAAAAAUGAAAAACUAGUUCAGGAAUAAAAUGAUCUAAUUCUUGUUGUCGGCCGCAAUAAAAAAGGCAGUAGACUGAUGAACGAAAUGCUUGUCAUUCUACAACUGCUCAAAUAUUUUGCCCAAGUAAUAUGCUUUGAAAGCUUGGAAAUAAGUCAAAAGUAUUUUGAUUAAUAUAAGGUCUUCUCAAAUACGAACACAUUACAGAAGUAUCAAAGCAGAUAAACUGAACAACACAUUCGAGAAAUGAAAUUCCCAAGCAUAAAUUUUCUUAUGGGAUAAUCUCAACGCGUAAGUUUUGUAAGGUUAGAUUUCCAAAUGAUUUCUUUAAAAAAAUAUAAAGCGUUGCUAUCUUAGCAUGAGUAUGUUAUAUUUUUGAAUAAUUUGAGCCAAGCGGAUUGUUUUCGAACAGGGAACCAACGUACAAGCAGUUUACUAGGAAAAAGCUCAAUAUCUGUGUGUAGUUGAUGUAGUAAAAGAUAAAUAAUAAACACUGGUUUUCAGCACUUCACUUAUUAUGAACUAUCACAUAGGCAUUUCGAUUAAUGUAGGUCGAUAACUGUUGUGCUUUUUCUCCACUUUAAGAUACUUCCAUAAAACUGCUUCGACAUAAAUAAAGAACGGGCCAUAUUUUGUGUAAUUUUAAGUUUCUUUAAUUAACGCAUUUUGGUUGGAAGUGAAAUAUCCGCAAGCUUUCUAAAGUUUUUCUAUUUCUGAAUCCUAGAUAACUAUUGACUGAAAAACCGGAAACCAUUUUUCAGCUACUAACUAUGGAUAGACAGGUUGAGUCUUCUUCAAUAUAUUUGCUUGAAAAGACUAGCAAUAUCGAACUAAUUCGCGUUUAAUGGGUUAUUUGGGGUUUAAAUUUCUCCACAGUGCAAGCUAAAUAUUCAUCGAAUUUAUUACUUCAGGCGCUAUGUAAAAUGAGCAGCAAGUUGCGAUAAGUCUACAAAGUAUAAUUAACUCGUCAACGAAUUUUCUUUAUUGAAAAGUAUCAAAAAAAAUAACCAUCAUCUAGUUGAUGUCAUUAGGAACAUGGGACAAAAGGCAGGGAUGAGAAAAGCAGGAGUAUUUCCUACAAUUUAAGGAUAUAUGGAACUCGAAACAAAUGUCAGCCAACACCGAAGUUAGAAUUUCCAAUAAAAACACCAAGACAUUCCUAUCGUAUUGAACUAGAACUUAGAGAACUACUACCGUCAUCAUCAGACGGAUACAGGUAUUCAUAUACAGUUUACGCAAGAUCCUUCAGAUCUGUAGGCCAGACACCAUUAGCAAAAUCAACAAUGGCAUAGAAAAAACUAGAUUCCAGUUAAGGAGAAAUUUAGAGAAAGACGCUGGGGGUGCAUAGGAGACACUGCAAGUCUAUAUAUAUCCGCAUCACAAAUUGAGCUCUAACUUGAAAUUUCGAAGGUAAAAGAAAAAGUUGUUGACCAAAGAACAUGUUGAGCCAGAAAUCAAAAGAGUGGAUAUCACUCGAAAGCAACUGAAAAGGAGAGCCUAGGACAGAGUAGGUUUGAGAUUUUUGUGAGAGGUCACAGGUAUAAAGAAGUAAAAGCUUAUGUAUACAGUUGAAGUUAUUUACGGAAUAUUCAUAUUAAUUUUUUAUUCCUUAAGUGAUAAUUUUUUUUACAAGAUGUACUGGUUUUUCAAAAACUUAAGUAGAGUUGAUGUAUCUGAUAUUUGACAAAGCAAUUCUAUUCACAUCACCCAAGAUCAAAUUUUGAGAUAUUCACUUAUGCCCCUAAUCAAGCGGGAUUAAAACAAUGUGAUCACGAUUUGAAUUUCCAGAGUCCAUGUUUUUAGGGCCUUUUAUAAUUACUUUAAGCAUCAAGAACAACAUAUCGAUACUAUCGGAAGUUUAGUUAUUAAUCAAUCAUAUUCAAAAUUAUCUUAUUUUUUCCAAUAGUAUAACAGAUGAAGAUAAGGUUGAAUAAAUGACAUUGUAAUAGUUUACUUGCCGUUUAUGAAGUACUUUCGAACCAGUUGUUAGGAAAAUGGAACAAUGCUUACAUAGCCUUACCGUCACAUGUGAUCUUGAACAUUACCUCAUUGAGAGUUUACUCUCUUAUUAACUAAAAUAAUAAAUGCUCUAUUAAAAUGGGUUAUUAGCAAAUAAUUAGUGCUUCAAAUAGUUUGAAUUAUUUCUGGUUAGCAUUUUUUAUUGAGUUAGUUUUCUACGGGAUGAGGUCGCUAACCCAUACCCAACCAUAUUCCGUUAUCCGAGUUUGAGACUGGCAGUAGCCCCAGAGGGUAUCCAGGCGGAGUUAUGAGUGAAUAAUCACUAAAUAUUAUCGUAAUUGAAGCACUAAAUAUUAUCCAUUCAAAACUAACUUUCCACACAUUUUAUAAACUAAUUGAGUGACAUAGUAACUAGAGCUAUCUUCAUCACCAUCACAAUCAGAAAUGUGAAAAUUAUUCAGUAAUCAUCGAUAAUUGGUUCGUGUAUUAAAAAAAUAAAUUUAUGAAAGAUGUGUGUUGUUGGAUUCAUUUUGUUCAUAUAUUAACUGAUCAUUGAAUAGUCUACAAAUAACAAACUGUAUUAUUUGUUCUUUCGAAAUAUUGUAUUAAUUUAUAAUUCUGAUAUGAUGGAAAGAAAAGUCCAUUUUCGAGUGAUUUACUCAUUAUGAGUUAUUGUUCAAGAUUACUUCCGUUUUGAUUCAAUGUAAUGAUUACUCAAUGUAGUAUUUGGUCUUCUUUUUCUCGUAUGAUAUUUUAUUCUGUAUAAUAUACGAUAUUCAUGUAUUCCAUUGACAUAAACUAUGCUCAGUAUGUCAAUUGUUAUAACUCUAAGUAUUUUUCAUAUAUGUGAUUUCAUCCUAAUUAUUAAUCGAAAAUGGGUGUAAAAUCAAUAUAUAAACCAGUGUAUUUUAGACUGUUUUGAUCAUCGUUGUCGUCGUGUUUUG